AGGGGAGGCGGAUAGAUGGGAUUGGUCAGCAGUUUGAAUGACUGGCCGGCUGACCUCAGCGCUGCACCCUCCACAUCACCACCCACCGCACUGCUGCAGUAUAAAGCCUGUGGUCCAUCCUCAGCUUUCACUCUCCGGACUCGCAACAGACAACUAACUCCUGCCUGGACUGACAUUGAGGUGAAAAGACAGAUGACAAUGACCGACCUGGAGACCUCGAUGGCGACCAUCAUCGCAGUGUUUCAGAAGUAUUCAGAAAGAGAAGGAGACAAGCACAAGCUGAAAAAGAGCGAGCUGAAGGAUCUGCUUAACGACGAGCUGCCAGAUCUGAUGACGCAUGUGAAAGACCAGGCCACACUUGACAGCCUGAUGGAAAGCCUGGACACCGACGGCGACGCCGAGUGCGACUUCCAGGAGUUCAUGACAUUCAUCUCUGUGGUUACCGUCUGUUGCCACGAGUUCUUCGAGCACGAGGACGAGUAAAGGAGGAGGCGAGCACGGAGACAAAGGGGGAGCUACAGUAAAUUAUAAAGAAGGAGAAGCCUAGCAACGCACAACCUUCUUUGUGCCUUCAGAGCAGGGCAACGUCAGCCAGCAGCCAAAACAUCAUUGGUGAGGUUUGACUGGUGGCUGGCAAACAGUCCAAUGUAGUUACUUUAGCUAAAAUCAGAUAAAAUGUUCCUGCUAUUUUAUAUUUGAUUCUAAAUAUUUAGAUGGCUUGUGAAGUCUUCAAAGUGGCUUUUGGAUUUUGGUGUGGCUACAAAGAAAACUUAAGUCCGUCUACUCGUUUGGAGUUUGUCUUCUACAGUUGAGAUGUGGCUGAUAAGUUAGUCAACCAACUACUUAAAGGCACCUGUGUUUAAUAAAGCUUGUUGACUAUCAAAUAUUGAAAGUGCCUCCUAAGUUGGUCGUCAUUUAAAAAAAACUGAAUAGUCUAAUGGGCUAGUAAAAGUGAAGAUGGCUUUUUGAUUUUGGUUUGACAACAAAGUUUGUUACAAAGCCACUGAUGCCCUUAUUUGUCUUUUUUUAACAGCCAAUUUAGCAUAAUUUCCAACCCCAUUCUAUAAGUAAAGCUGUUUAAAAACGUUUGAAAAGUACUGACUCGAUUUUGUGUAUGGCUACCAACUUUGACUACCAAGUUCAGCAAAUAAGCAAUCAGUGAUUUAAGGUUCUUCUGUUGAAUGUCUCAAGGGCCAGUAAAGUUGUAAAAAUGACUGGUAAGUCUGUCUGCUCUACACAUAAUGGUCUUUUAAUUGUUUAAACGAUUGUGGCUGGUAUAUUUCAGAUGUGGCUAGUGAGUUAGCCAUUCUUUUGAGUUUUAACAUUUUAAGAGGCCAGUAAAUUGAAAAAGUGACUAACAUUUUUAUCAACUCCAGUAGCCACUUUAAGAGUCAACUGACUACUUAGAGGCACCUGCGUUUGAAAAAUCUCGUUGACUAUCAAAUAUUAAAAGUGGCUUUUACGUUUGUUGUCAUUUAAAACACAUUUAAUUGGCUUGCAAAAGUUUUAAAAUGGCUCAUGAGUUUUAGCUAAUCUAGAAGACAUCUUUCAGACAUUUUAGAAAAUGUAGUUGACUAUCAAAUAUUGAAAAUGGCUUGUAAGUUUGUCCUCAUUUAAAACUGGCUAGUAAACAUUUAAAAUGGCUUUACAUAAUCUAGAAGCCACUUAAGAUGCAACGAGUUCACCAAUUUUUCAGACAUUUUUAAAAAUGUAGUUCACUAUCAAAUAUUGAAAGUGUCGUUUAAAUUUGUCAUCAUUUAAAACACAUUUUUUUGGCUAAUAAACAUUUAAAACGGCUUGUGAGUUUUAGCUACAAGCAAUUUUUCAGAGAACAUUUUAGAAAAUGUAGUUGACUACCAUAUAUUGAAAGUGGCUUUUAAGUUUGUCCUCAUUUAAAACAUAUUUGAUUGGCUAGUAAAAGUUUUAAAAUGGCUUGUAAGUUUAAUAUAAUCCAGAAGCCACUUUGGAAGCAACAAUUUAGGAGUUGACCUAUUUUACAGAUUUAAAAAAAUCUAAUUGACUGUCAAACAUUGAAAGUGGCUUUUAAGCUUGUCUUCAUUAAAAACACAUUUAAUUGGCUAUUAAAAGUUCCAAAAGGGCUUGUGAGUUUUAGCUAAUCCAGAAACAGUUUUUCAGACAACAUUUUAGAAAAUGAAAUUGACUAUCAAAUACUGAAAGUGUUUUAAGUUUGUCGUCAUUUAAAAUACAUUUGAUUGAGUUUUUAAAUGGCUUGUGAGUUUAACAUUAUCACUUUGGAAGCGACAGUUUAGGAGAAAUCUAGUUGACAGUUAAAAUUUAAACUGACAGGUUAAAGUUAAUUGGCUAGUAAAUUUCUAAAAUGACUUUUGUAGUUGCCAGUUUGGUAGAAAACCAGCCAUAAUUUCAAAUUAUAUUGUAAAAUGAAAGUCUGGCUGGUAGAUUUUGAAUGUUGCUAGUAAAGUUGCAUUUAUUUGAUGUUUUACAAAAAACACUGGGCUUGUCAAAGUGGCUGAUAAGUUGUUUUGUUUGUUCCUUGUUUAGAAGCUCUUUUUACUUUAGAUAGUUGGUAAACAAGUAAUCUACCAUUCUUUGCAUCAUCAUAAAAAUAAAUAAUAAUUAUAAAAUGCUAGGAUUUUGUAGCAGUUAUUAGCUAUCAUAUUCAACCUGCUAGAAUUUUAUGUAACUCUUCUCUUCAUGUAAAGAAAACAUAAGAAAAUCUGUUGGAACAGAAGAGUUUGUCUGCGUAUUUUGAAAUGUUGAGCACUGGUUUGUUUGGAUGUUGGUGAUAUGAAACGAAAUAAAUUAUCAUUGUGGGACUGA